UAUUUAUUUAUUUUCUAUAAAAUUCCUGCACAUGUCAUAACAGCUGUUUGCUACAACUCCCUCUAUCGUUAAUUUAUAUACUUGAAAGAAAAAAGCAACAGUGCCAUCUGACAUUACUUUAUAAUUUUGACAGUACACACGUCAACAAAACACUGAUUUAUCUUUUUUGUGUGUGCAAAAUUCGUGUGACUGUGCGCUUGGUUUAGUAAAGAAAAAAAUUUAACAAAUAAAAUUAUGAAAUUUAGGAGAAAAAAUUUUUGAAAAGUGCACAGUGCUAACAAACCAAUAAAAUAAAUACUUGUUUAUUAUAACACUUCGCGCACAUUCUUUAAAAUUUUAAUGAAUUCAUAUUUAACUACUAAUGCACGUCAGCUUCAAUUGCAGUUGGAUUUGUGGAAAACAUCACUUGCUUACGUGCUUUUGAUAUACCUUUGAUAUUUGCAUUUAAAAAAAGUUACAACUUCUAUUACUAAUUUCAAAAAGUUACAACACAAAUUAAUUUCAAUUUAUAACAAAAGAUGGCAAGUCCAAGAACACGACGCGUAUUGCAGGAACUUAAACCACAAGAUGAUAAUUCAAAAUGCUUCGAAUGUGGUACACACAAUCCUCAAUGGGUAUCCGUUACUUAUGGCAUAUGGAUUUGUUUAGAGUGCUCUGGAAAACAUCGUGGCCUUGGUGUGCACAUUUCGUUUGUACGUUCGGUCACAAUGGACAAAUGGAAAGAUAUUGAAUUGGAAAAAAUGAGAGUGGGUGGAAAUCGUAAUGCACAUGAAUUCUUAGAGGAUCAACCCGAUUGGAAUGAACGUGCACCAUUUGCACAAAAAUACAAUUCAAAAGCUGCAGCUCUAUAUCGCGAUAAAAUCAAUACACUAGCACAAGGUAAAUCCUGGGAUUUAAGUGAAGCGCAAAGACGUAUUUCGAACAGUAACAAUUCCAACUACAGUAGCAGUAGUAGUAGUAAUUUGGGUGGCAGCAGAUCAACUUCAGCACAACAAUAUAAUAGCAACAGCAGCAGUAAUAAUGGUUAUCAGAAUGGAGUUGGCAACUACACCGACAACAAUUAUCAACAAUACAAUACACCAGAAUUUAAGGAUCAGAAAGAGGAAUUCUUUACACGUCGACAAGCAGAAAAUGCCACACGUCCAGAUCAUUUGCCGCCCAAUCAAGGUGGUAAAUAUGCAGGAUUUGGUUUCACAAGAGAUCCACCACCGAAAACCCAAUCACAAGAAAUUCUUGACUCCACACUAUCGUCACUGGCAUCUGGUUGGAGUCUCUUAUCAGCUAGUGCCUCCAAAAUUGCUGUCACUGCUAAAGAAAAAGCUGUCACCACAGUCAAUUUAGCUUCUUCCAAGGUAAGCACACUCGCUGCUGAUAUAUUUAGUUUAACUUUUAAUUAUUUAUUGUAUAUUAAAAAUUGUAUGUAUAUUUAUUGUUUUGCGCUGUAAAAAAGUAGUUUUUCU